UCAGGUCUGACAGUGGCACAUCGUCUAUCAGCCAGUCGACAUGAGGACUAGUGGCCGGGCAUGUGGUUGAUCUGUUCGACAGCAACAUGGGCAUUUUGCUGCACGACCGCUGCAUUAGUUGGUUUUAUUUGCGCAAAUUGGCAAUUUGUCUUAUUACGCUCGUGACUCUGUUGGCCGUUUCCGUUUUAUACACACCUGUACUUCGAGAAGGAUAUCUUUUAGCAGGGUUGCUGGGACCGUUUCAAUCAACUUGUAGUCACGCUGCUGACCGAAGAGGUCCCAAUCAAAAGAUCGUCACCUAUUCCCUUUAUGGCAACUUCUCACGGGAGGAUCACGUUAAAAAAUACGUCAUUCCGUUUGGAGAGACUCUCAAGUCGGUCCCCUCGAUUUAUCCAGGGUGGACUGUAAGAAUUUAUCACAAUCUGCAAUCCGACGACAAGGAAAGUUGGGAAACGUUCAACCGCCAUUUGGACAUCGGAAGUCACGUCGAUAUUUGCAACGUCACCCAAGUGCUGGAAAAUCGAAAUUUAGAAAAGAAUCCAAGUGCGGCGACCUGGCGUUGGCUAACUAUGAUCGAUGACAUGGUGGACACGGUAAUGUCUCGAGACUCUGACAGUCGAAUAAUACCUCGUGAAGAAGAUGCCGUUCAUGAGUGGCUGACGAGCGACAAGAUUUUCCACAUUAUGAGAGACCAUCCUUGGCAAUGCGUCAAUAUUCUAGCGGGUAUGUGGGGAGUCAAACUCAGCCAGGAUCGUGCACACAUUGCCGGUGUGUUCCAGGAGAUUUUUAAAUUGACGCAUAAUCACAACUACGGCUACGACCAAGCUCUGUUGACGGACUACAUUUGGCCUUUUGCGCGAUUAAACAUGGUGUCUCAUGACAGUUACUGCUGCAGAAAUUUUCCAUUCACCAAGCCGUACCCGACGCCAAGAAGUAAGGACGGCCUUUUCAUCGGCGGGCGAGAUAAUCCAAAAGAGGCCCUCAGGUCUCCCUGUCCGGUCGAAUGCCGCCCAGUAAACGCCACAUCCGAGUGGGACUAUUGUUGAGCUAAUAUUUUUUUAAAUGUUUACGGCAAUCCUAUGUGAAUAAAUGGCUUAAUUAAUAAUAAAAUUUGUGUUAUUCAUAAA